CCUGCUCCCUCCAUCAAACCUUCCCUCCCCCAUCCCUUUCCCAUUUCUCUCCUACCUCCCCAUCAUCACAAGGCUCUCGUUCUACUCAUUCUCCAACGGAAUUCUGCGUCCGUUGCGCAAAGCAAUUCCCCCACGCUCCCUUGACACCAUUGUUUUAUCGUCUCACCUGCGCCCCCUUCGUGCGCAGCCCAGUUAAGUUCAGUACCAUCAACAACACUCAAAACCUCAAUCCGACAAAUCACUACACCGCGAACAUGUCCUACGGUGGUGGCUACGGAGGAGGUGGUUACAGUGGCGGUGGCGGCGGCGGCGGUCGUGGAGGCUACGGAGGUGGUCGUCAGGAUCGUGAUCGCGGCGACGACCGCAAUGGAUAUGGCGGCCAAUCAAACGGCGGCGGCGGCUACGGAGGUGGUUAUGGCGGCGGUGGUGGUUAUGGAGGCGGAGGCGGUGGUUUCGGCGGCGGCGGCGGUGGUGAUCGGAUGAACAAUCUCGGUGCUGGCCUUCAGAAACAAACUUGGGAUAUGGAUACCCUUCCCAAAUUCGAGAAGUCGUUCUACAAGGAGCACUCGGAUGUCGCUCGCCGCAGCCCGGCUGAGAUCGAGGCCUUCCGCCGCAAGCACCAGAUGACUGUGGCUGGCAGCGAUAUUCCAAAGCCCGUGGAGACCUUCGACGAGGCCAACUUCCCCCGCUAUGUGAUUGAUGAAGUGAAGGCUCAGGGCUUCCCUGCGCCCACAGCUAUCCAGUCCCAAGGCUGGCCCAUGGCUCUUUCCGGUCGCGACGUCGUCGGUAUCGCCGAGACGGGUUCCGGCAAGACUCUGACAUACUGCCUGCCCGCCAUCGUCCACAUCAAUGCGCAACCACUAUUGGCUCCUGGCGAUGGUCCCAUAGUUCUCGUUCUCGCCCCGACCCGCGAGUUGGCGGUCCAGAUUCAGCAGGAGAUCACCAAGUUCGGCAAGUCCUCUCGUAUUCGCAACACCUGUGUCUACGGCGGCGUCCCCAAAGGCCCUCAGAUUCGGGAUCUCGCCAGAGGCGUGGAGGUUUGUAUCGCAACACCUGGUCGCCUGAUCGACAUGCUGGAAGCCGGCAAGACCAACCUUCGCCGCGUUACCUAUCUGGUGCUUGAUGAGGCUGAUCGCAUGUUGGACAUGGGUUUCGAGCCCCAAAUUCGAAAGAUUAUCGGCCAAAUUCGCCCUGAUCGUCAGACACUCAUGUGGUCGGCGACAUGGCCCAAGGAGGUCCGCGCUCUUGCUGGCGACUUCCUGUCCGAUUUCAUCCAAGUCAACAUUGGAUCCAUGGAUCUUGCCGCGAACCACCGUAUCACCCAGGUGGUCGAAGUCGUCUCCGAGAGCGAAAAGCGCGACCGCAUGAUUAAGCAUCUAGAAAAGGUCAUGGAGAACAAAGAAAACAAAAUCCUCAUCUUCGUCGGCACGAAGCGCAUUGCUGAUGACAUCACCCGUUUCCUUCGCCAGGACGGCUGGCCUGCGCUCUCUAUUCACGGCGACAAGCAACAGAACGAGCGUGACUGGGUCCUCGACCAGUUCAAAACGGGAAAGAGCCCUAUCAUGGUUGCGACGGAUGUAGCUUCGCGUGGUAUCGAUGUCCGCAACAUCACUCAUGUCUUGAAUUACGACUACCCCAACAACUCGGAGGAUUAUAUCCACCGUAUUGGCCGUACCGGUCGUGCUGGUGCCAAGGGCACCGCCAUCACCUUCUUCACUACUGAUAACGCGAAACAGGCUCGUGAUCUUGUCAACGUGUUGAAGGAAGCUCGUCAGGAGAUUGACCCUCGUCUUGCUGAGAUGACCCGCUUUGGCGGCGGUGGUGGCGGUGGCCGCUACGGCGGCUGGCGCGGCGGACGUGGGGGCGGCGGCGGCGGCGGCCGAAACAAUGCGAAUAACAUGCCUGUCGGCAGCCGCCGCUGGUAAGAGUCACGCGUCGAUGUCGCAUCGACUUGGACCCUGACC